AUGUCCGACAACAGCGACGACAGUGGCCCUCUGCCCUAUGCCUACCAUAUCAAGACCGUCCUGGAGCAGGGCGUCGUCAUGGGAAACCUGCCCAAGGUGACGACCGACCUUAACCAACUCGAAGAGCAGGCUCGCAAGGAGAUGGCUCUCCAGAGGGGAUUUGAGUAUAUUCGUGGCUCCGCCGGCGAAGCGGCCACCACGCACGCCAACCGUCUCGCCUUUCGCUCCUGGAAGAUUAUUCCUCGCAUGAUGAGGCCUACUGGCGACCGGGAUCUGAGUGUGACGUUGUUCGGCAAGAAGUACAGAUCCCCCCUCCUAAUGGCGCCGGUCGGUGUCCAGGGCACAAUGCAUCCUGACAAGGAGAUUGGCAAUGCCAGGGCGUGCGCGGAGCUGGGAGUGCCUUUCACGCUGAGCACCGCCUCCACGACGGGCAUCGAGGAGCUCAUCGAAGCCUGCCCCGAAGGCGACAAGUGGUUCCAACUGUACUGGCCUCUUGACGAGGAGAUCACGCGCUCCAUCCUCACGCGCGCCAAGAAGAACGGCUACCAGACCCUGGUCGUGACGCUGGACACGUGGACCCUUGGCUGGAGACCGAGCGACCUGGACACGGCCAACAUCCCUUUCCUGACCGGUGUCGGCGACGAGGUCGGCUUCCGGGAUCCCGUGUUCCGGCGCAAGUUCGCGGAGAGGACCGAUGGUGAGACGCCCGAGGAGAGCCCGGUCUUGGCCGGCAUGUACUGGGUAAGCGAAAUCUUCCCCGGUGUCAGCCGCUCGUGGGAGGACAUCAAGAUCCUGCGCAAGUACUGGGACGGGCCGAUGGUCGUCAAGGGCGUCCUGAGCGUGGAGGAUGCCCAGCUUGCGGUCGAGCACGGCCUGGACGGAAUCAUUGUCAGCAACCACGGCGGCCGCCAGGUUGACGGCGCCAUCGCCAGCCUCGACGCGCUGCCCGGCAUCGUCCAGGCUGUCGGCAGCAAGCUUACGGUCAUGAUGGAUUCCGGAAUCCGCACCGGGGCCGACAUCUUCAAAGCCCUUUGUCUCGGAGCUCAGGCCGUGUUUGUUGGCCGACCCGUUGUCUACGGAUUGGGUAUUAAUGGGCAGGAUGGCGCGCAUGCCGUCCUCGCCAAUCUCCUCGCCGACUUGGACAUCACAAUGGGUAUUUCUGGCGUUAAGAACAUAUCGGAGCUCAAUCCCUCUAGGCUAGCAAAGAUUCACCACCCUGGUGAUGUUCGAUCGAAUCUGUAG